AUGCUUUCUAUCGUAAAUGAGACCACUACAAAUACUUACUCGGCAUCGACCGGCAAUCAAGAGCAACGUUACCUCCGUGAUACAUUACAAGCAAUUGAUAACACAGAUAGAUUUGCAUUACUCAAUGACCAUCGAAACAUAUGGAGUCAAACUAGCUAUGCUAUGGUUCAUGAUUUCAACACAUUCGUGGUAGCCCAUCCACAUCAUGCAGCGAUGAUUAAAGAGUGGAAACACGACAUUGAAGCCAGAAGAGAUAAAGCAAGAAACUAUUUAAUUUCAGAUGAAGUCAAUAUGGAGGUACAUGAUGAUGAGACGCAGAUUGAAGUUGUAACUAGUGAAAUACCAACAAGUCCAUUUAUAGCGCAAACUACCGCAGUACCACCUGUCACUGCAACUACAACAGUCUCAUUUCCAACAAAAUCCGAUAUUAUCAAAACAUUUACGCUAAAUAGUUAG